UAUCUCUCUUGAUACAGAUAACCCUGUGUCUGUAUCGUAAUGUGGGCCUGGGUCUAAAGUCCAGACAUAACCAGGCAGGAGACGGAGGCUGUAAUCCACUGAAAUCUGCAAUCAUGUUUGCAGUCUGGUGCGUUUUUAUUUAGCCUGUGUAAAAGAGCACAGCACAAGAACACCUAUCUACCGACUGUUUCGUGAUCUACAAGUCAGCACUGAGACGAGAGCGAAGGAUGACGUGGUGGAGAUGUUGGCUGUCAGCCGUGGUUCCACUGCUGCUGAGUGUGAGUGAAGCUAACGUGGAACAACUCCAAGCUGAGAACCUUCACCUUCUUCUCCCUGAAGAUCACAACACAGUCCUGAACAGUGGGAUGAAAGUGGUUCCCAGAGACUGCUAUGAAAUGCUGAUGGCCUCUUCAGGCCAGGCCAGAGAUGGGGUUUACCUGAUCCGACCACAUCACACCCCCAUUGUGACUUACUGUGCUAUGCAAGAGGGAGGCUGGACCGUGCUUCAGCACAUCACCGUCAACAGCAGCGUCAAUUUUGAUCGCACAUGGGAUGAGUACAAGAGCGGGUUUGGUGAUGUCACUGGUGAUCACUGGCUUGGAAAUGAAUACCUCCAUCAGCUCACUCGUGGCCCCGCCCACUAUAAACUUGGAGUAAAACUCGUAGAUCAAGACGCCGCCACCAAGCUGGGGGAGUACGAUCCAUUUCUGGUGGAGGAUGAGUCAGCAGCAUACAGGCUGAGGCUGGGGUUGUUUCAGGGCACAGCCCAGGACGCUCUGACCCUGGACACAGAGAAUUACCUUCACGACAACCAGAAAUUUACCACCAAGGACAGAGAUAACGACAACUACUUCCAGAACUGUGCCAAACUGGAGUUUCAAGGUGUGGCAGGAGGGGGGUGGUGGUACGAUGCAUGUGCUGGGGCUAAUCUAAACCGCAGGAAUGUUAUUUACUGGAACAAGGACUGCAACAAGGAGCAGCUGUGCAAGUAUGCAUGGAUGAUGGUGAGACCGUCAGACACCGUUAAAGUUAUUUAUAGUGGAGAUGGCAAGAGGGAUGAGCUAUGAAGAAUCUGUGCCACAUCUCAGGCUUUUUAUGCAAAAGCAUCCACGUCCUGGAUGUUAAAUGCAUCACAUUUUAUUCAGAAAUGAUUCAUGACCACAAAAUACUGAAAACAAUCACAAACUUGAAACGCUGCGUAAAAAAAGAUCUGUUUCAGUGUACGCGUAUCAUCUUUGUUAUUCUCCAAAUCAGAAGGCUUCUUGUUUUUUUCAGUUCUUAACUUCAUUAUAACUUAUAUUCACAGAAUUAAGAAAAAUUACAUUUUCUCCCAAAAAUCCUCCACCCUCAAAUAUGUGAAGAUUUGACAUAUUUAGCUCCAGUUAUUAAGAGAAACAAACACUUUGACACCUAAGAAAAACAACAUUCUGAGAAUUAAAGGUAAUGAAACUGUUUUUUUUUUACUUUUUUAUGUUAAAUCUUCCAGUUAUCUUGAUGUAAACACUGACAAUGGUAGAAACGUAGCAGAAAUUCAAAAGUUUGUUAUGCACUGUAAAACAUUACAUGUUGAAUGAAGUUAUUUCAUCUGGUUCCACUGAACCUAGUUGCUUUAAAUGUAAAUAGUAGUAUACAUUUACUUUUACCAUAACAGCGUAUAACUAUGUAUUUUACUCUUAACAUUAGAGCAACUAGGUUUAGUGGAACCAGUUGACAUAAUUUGAUUAAAGAGCAAGUCAACCCCCCUAUCAGAGUCUUACUCCGCCCACAUUCCCUGUUUGAAAAAUGCACCAAAAGGAGAUGCUGCAGCAGUGACACAGACUGUGGGAUAGCCAAUAACGAUGCUAGCUCCUUUGUCUCACAGCAGUCAUUUGAGGUGGAGGAUUUCUCUCCACCUCCUUCACGAGAGGAAGGGGAGGAAGGAAGGUUCUUUGUUGGAAGAGACAAGCAGCGCUGAGGUACAUCGUUUUGAACUGAUGACUCGUGAGUUGCCUAAAGCCACAUGCCAAGGUCAAUGUCGUACUGUACAAGCUAAUGUCACAUUUAGACUCUUAGCAAAUAGCGAGGGCUGAUUCUAAUUCAUAUGUAGUGCAGACCUUUAACCUGAAGAGGGCGCCACUUUGACUACAUGUCUACAGCGAUGUUAGACACUGAUUUAUACAGUUCAGAAGCAAAAAAUAAAUAAAAAAAGACUUGGGGCUGACUUGGUCUUUCAGUAAAAAUCACAUUUUAUUUCUUAAAUUGGGAUGAGCUGAUGCAUCGCCACAAUGACUGUAAGCAGCUGAAUCUACAUUUAAUGAUGUGACAAAUUACUGUGUGUAAGGCUUCAGUGAGCUAAAAACCGUUAUGUUAGCCCUUUGGAAUUAAUACUAUAAACACAAGAUCUGAAGGUUUAAACUGACCUUUGUGUGUUGGAUGGAAGUGCAGCAAAUGAAAAAAUGAAAAAAAUUAACAAAAAAAAAAACAUGGACACACGAUGCCCAAAAUUUUUAUAAAUUCAUGGGAAAUACAUGUAAAUCUAUGCACACUGUCACAAAUUGUGUAAUAAUCUUCUUCCUGUAGACUUGUAGCAGCAAUCCUGUCAGUCCAUAACAGAUCGACCCGUAACACUUCACCUUAUUCAUUCACCCAAGUUGAAGAAUCCCAGUCUGUUGGUGCAAGUGUACAACAUACAAGUUGGACAUUAGUUCAUGUCAGCUUGGAGCUGACUGCAGGGUUCUGCCCACACCAGUAUAGUUUCUCCUCAAGUCGUUUCUUUCUCCACUGGCAGAGCAGCAGCAU